AUGAAGGCUAAUAUAUAUAGGCUGCAAAUCACAUUGCAAUUAGUGAUUAUUGUUGUCUACGCACAACCAGAAGUUAAAGGACCACCAGCAGAACCAGAUACUAAAGGACCACCAGGAGAACCAGUUACUAAAGGACCACCAGCAGAACCAGUUACUAAAGGACCACCAGCAGAACCAGCUACUAAAGGACCACCAGCAGAACCAGUUACUAAAGGACCACCAGCAGAACCAGAUACUAAAGGACCACCAGCAGAACCAGUUACUAAAGGACCACCAGCAGAACCAGUUACUAAAGGACCACCAGCAGAACCAGAUACUAAAGGACCACCAGCAGAACCAGUUACUAAAGGACCACCAGGAGAACCAGUUACUAAAGGACCACCAGGAGAACCAGAUACUAAAGGACCACCAGCAGAACCAGUUACUAAAGGACCACCAGCAGAACCAGUUACUAAAGGACCACCAGCAGAACCAAAUACUAAAGGACCACCAGCAGAACCAGUUACUAAAGGACCACCAGGAGAACCAGUUACUAAAGGACCACCAGCAGAACCAGUUACUAAAGGACCACCAGCAGAACCAGUUACUAAAGGACCACCAGCAGAACCAGAUACUAAAGGACCACCAGGAGAACCAGUUACUAAAGGACCACUAGGAGAACCAGUUACUAAAGGACCACCAGGAAAACCAGAUACUAAAGAACCACCAGGAGAACAAGAUACUAAAGGACCACCAGGAGAACCAGUUACUAAAGGACCACCAGGAGAACCAGUUACUAAAGGACCACCAGGAGAACCAGAUACUAAAGGACCACCAGGAGAACCAGACCACCAGGAGAACCAGAUACUAAAGGACCACCAGGAGAACCAGUUACUAAAGGACCACCAGCAGAACCAGUUACUAAAGGACCACCAGCAGAACCAGUUACUAAAGGACCACCAGCAGAACCAUAAAGGACCACCAGCAGAACCAGUUACUAAAGGACCACCAGGACAACCAGAUACUCAAGGACCAUCAGGAGAACCAGUUACAAAAGGACCACCAGAAGAACCAGAUACUAAAGGACCACCAGCAGAACCAGUUACUAAAGAACCACCAGCAGAACCAGUUACUAAAGGACCACCAGCAGAACCAGAUACUAAAGGACCACCAGCAGAACCAGUUACUAAAGGACCACCAGCAGAACCAGUUACUAAAGGACCACCAGCAGAACCAGUUACUAAAGGACCACCAGGAGAACCAGAUACUAAAGGACCACCAGCAGAACCAGUUACUAAAGGACCACCAGCAGAACCAGAUACUAAAGGACCACCAGCAGAACCAGUUACUAAAGGACCACCAGCAGAACCAGUUACUAAAGGACCACCAGCAGAACCAGUUACUAAAGGACCACCAGCAGAACCAGAUACUAAAGGACCACCAGCAGAACCAGUUACUAAAGGACCACCAGCAGAACCAGAUACUAAAGGACCACCAGCAGAACCAGUUACUAAAGGACCACCAGCAGAACCAGAUACUAAAGGACCUCCUAUGCGAGUUUGCUUCCAACCAAAAGAACCUCCUAUAGAAGAAUUGGUUGCAGCAAAAACUGCUGGCAAAUAUCCUACGUAA